GUGUGCGUGUGUGUGUGUAGGACUCUGCUGGUUCUCUGCUUGCUGGCGAGGAUGGGCCUCACAGCACCGGUUGAGGAGAGGGCAGGUGUUCUUCUGAAACAUCUCAAUGGAGUCGGAAAAACCGUUAGUCCAACAGAUGCUUCUGCAGUCAUUAAAGGAGUAGGAAACACCAUCGGUCCAAAAGAUGAUUCUGCAGUCGAUGAAGACCUGAUCACAGACUCGCCCGACGCUGCAGAAUCCCAGGAGCAGGUGAACGACCAGGAGGACCCACAGCCAGGAGGAGACAGCAGCCAGGAGGAGAAGGAUGUGGACCCGGAAGACAAGACGUCGGAAGAGAAGGAGGAGGAUCUCCUAGAGAACAGUUCAGAGGAGGAGGAGGAGGAGGGACCAAAAGAGGAGAGUUCAGAGCAGGAGAGUCCAGAGGAGGAGGAGGGACCAAAAGAGGAGAGUUCAGAGGAGGAGGAGGGAACAAAGAAGGAGAGUUCAGAGGAGGAGAGUCCAGAGGAGGAGGAGGGACCAGAAAAGGAAAGUUCAGAGGAAGAGGAGGAGCCAGAGUCAGACCAGAAGAACGAUAGCACCGCCGCUGGUGUGGCAGAUGAUGCUGAUGAUAAUAAUGACGACUCUGACGAGGCUGGACAGUCCGGCAAGCCUAGCGAGUCUGACGAGGUUACCAUGGUUACCACGGCUAGCUGGGUUAACGACUCGAGCGAGAAUAGAGAGGUUAACGACCCUAGGGAAUAUACCAAGGCUACCGAGGAUAGCGACUCUAGCGAGAAUAAAGAGGUUAACGACUCCAGCAUGGUUACCAAGGCUACCGAGGCUAGUGAGGAUAGCGACUCUAGCGACAAUAGAGAGGUUAACGACUCCAGCAUGGUUACCAAGGCUACCGAGGAUAGCGACUCUAGCGAGAAUAAAGAGGUUAACGACUCUAUCGAGGUAACCAAGGCUAGCGAGGCUAGUGAGGAUAGCGACUCUAGCGAGAACAAAGAGGUUAACGACUCUAUCGAGGCUACCGCGGCUACCGCGGCUAGCGGCUCUGACGAGGUUGCCAUGGUUACCAAGGCUAGCGAGGAUAGCGACUCUAGCGAGAAUAAAGAGGUUAACGACUCUAUCGAGGCUACCGCGGCUAGCGAGUCUAGCGAGGACAGCGAGUCUAGCGAGGUUGCCAUGGUUACCAAGGCUAGCGAGGAUAGCGACUCUAGCGAGAAUAGCGAGGUUAGCGACUCCGGCGAGGUUACCAAGGCUACCGAGUCUAGCGAGGACAGCGAGUCUAGCGAGGACAGCGACUCUAGCGACAAUAGCGAGGUUAGCGACUCCAGCGAGGUUACCAUGGCUAGCGAGGCCAGCAAUGCUAGCAAGGCUAUCGAUGCCAGCGAUGCUAGCGACUCUAGCGAAUCUAGCAAGUCUAGCGAAUCUAGCGACGCCAGCGACGCUGGUGAUGCUAGCGACUCUAGCGAGGCUAACGAGGCUAACGAGGCCGGUGAGGCUAGCGAGGUCUCCGAGUCCAACGAGUCGAGCGAGGAGUCGGACCAGAAGCUAGCCGAGGAGCUGGACGAGAUGCUGAAGGAGUCCGACGAGUCCCCUGAGGAGGCGGAGGAGGAGCAGGUGGAGCAGGAGGAGCAGGCCUCCAGCAGCAGCAGCAGCGAGGAGACCCCAGACGACGUGGGGCCCACAGAGAGUGGCCCUGAGGCAGAGGAGCCCGGGACCAAAGACCCCUCCGCUUCGCUGGAAGACAUGAAAACUGAGGUUCCCAUGAAGGCCGUCCAAUCAGGUCACACAGCUGCCCCCAACACAGAUGCUGGGAACUCCAAGAAGCCGGAGUGAGACGUCUCCAGGCUGACUGAUCCAUUCCAGUCUUCCUCAUUCUUCAUCGCCAUGACAACCGCCUGUCUCUGAAGCCUCUCAACACCAUCUCUUCUUUCUUCAGCUGGGACACACACAAACACACACACACACACACACACACACACACACACACACACACACAGACAAACAUACACACACACACACACACACACACACACACACACACACACACACACACACACACACACACACACACACACACACACACACACACACACACACACACACAACCACACACACACACAACCACACACACAAAUUCAACCACACAUACACACACACACAGACACACACACAAUUAUAAACAAACACACACACACACACACACACACACACACACACACACACACACACACACACACACACACACACACACACACACACACACACACAAACUCUCCCCUAUUAGUUUAGCUGCCUGUUAACCCAGCAGGUCAAAGGUCACCCAGCCCUGUUUGUACAUAUUUAGUGUUUCUGUUUAAAUCUGACCCUCUGGGUUCUGUAAAUCCUGGGGUUCCAACUGUUGUUCUGUCAGAGGAACCUUUGAACCUCUAAUAAAUUCUAGC